UCAAUGUAUAAGCCGGUAAUAUUUUUCAGUUAAGCUUCUUAUGUCAAAGUAGUUCAGUAUAAAAUAAUUUUUUGAUAUAUGAAAUCUUUUUAAAUUUUUUCACUCCUUAAACUGAAGGCAAUUAUUGUUAGUAGAUCAUUAUGACAACUUCAUCGAAAACUGCAGUUUUAAAAAUGUACAAGACUAUGCUGCGCGAGAGUUCAAAAUUUUCAUUCUAUAAUUAUAGAAUGUACGCCUUGCGAAGAAUUAAAGAUAUGUUUAGAGAAAAUAAAUCACUCAAGGAUCCAGCUGAAAUUCAACGUAACAUGGAAGAAGCUUCCAAGUACUUGGAUAUCAUUAAACGACAGGUAGUAGUGGGAGAUUUGUAUAAGUCUGACAAGUUAGUGAUUGACCACUGAUAAAAGAAGUUGAACAAAUAUUUAAAGCAUUCACCAAUAUCAAUUUUAAUAAUGUAUUUUAUUUAAAAAUAGUUUGGAUGUAUUGAUAUUAAUUAUUGUUCCUAAUGUAUGAAAUGUGUGAUCAUUUUAUCACAUGUAAUUUAAUAACUACAAUUUAUAUAUAUUUUAGACAAAAAUGUUGAAAAUAAAAUUAAGUAGAAUUUAUAUAUUAAA